GGCUUUUUUCGAACGGAUCAUUGUGCUAAUACCAAAAACUUGGUCGGACAAGCCAGGUUAUUUUCCUGCUACGAACCAAACAAUACACACAAGCAACAUCGUCGUGGACCGAAUGAACCCAGAUCUGGAACAGGGACACAAGCCGUUCGUUAUCCGAAGUAGCCCUUGCGGACAACCCGGGUGGUACAUGCAGCUGACACCAGAAUACCUGACGGAUGCCACCAUAGCUGAACAAUACGGCACCUACGAGAAGGUUAUUGUUCACGAGUGGGCUCAUUUACGGUACGGUGUCUUUGACGAGUAUCCGGAUGGACAUGAGUUUUAUGCUGCCGAGAACGGAGAAAUAGAAGGGACGAGAUGUUCCACGGCUCUGAGAGGGCAGCGUUUUGAUUAUGUGAAAGGAAACGGGGACUGUGACUUUGAGUUUGGUUUGCCCACGGCAUCCUGUCAGUUCAAGGACGACCAAGAAGCCUCUGGGAAGUACGGCUCACUGAUGUACAGCCACAAGCUGGAUCACGUGGUCUGGUUUUGUGACAACGACACAAACUCCCCGAACACUUUACACAAUCGCCAGGCCCCCAAUGCACAAAACCGGAACUGUGACGGAAAGAGCGUUUGGGAGAUUCUAAGGAGCCAUCAAGAUUUCGCAGGGGGUGCAAAUCUGCCGCGUGAUGUUCCGAGCACGGUGCCUACGUUUCGAUUCGUCAAGUACCGGAGCAAACGGACUGUGAUUGUUCUGGAUAUCUCUGGUAGUAUGGUAGGAAACAAGCUGAAGAAGCUGCGACAGGCUGUGACGAUAUAUAUCCAGAACGUGGCUGUAGAUGGAGAUAUGAUUGGAAUGGUAUGGUUUAGCAUAAGUGCUAGCAUCAAGUCGUAUCUAACAGAGGUGAAAAACUCUACACGCCAACAGCUCCUGAAUGUGAUCCCGAAGGAAGCGGGCGGGCGGACAAGUAUAGGAGCUGGACUGCAAAAGGGCAUAGAGGUGUUGUCAAGUGGAGGAGAGGACCCGGCAGGGGGCGUUAUACUGUUAGUGACGGAUGGCAAGGAAAAUAAGGCUCCAUACCUGACUGACUUCAAAGAUCAGAUUAUCUCCAAACACAUUGUUGUUGACACGGUUGCCGUUACGGAGGACGCGGACCAACAGAUUGAAGAGCUGGUUGAAGCCACACAGGGUUUUUCGUAUUUCUUUUCUGACAAAAGAGGGUCUAACGCCUUAAAUGAAGCUCUAGUUUCCAUAGGACAAAGGGGAGCAGGGAUUGAGCACAGACCAAUACAGUUAUCCAGCCAAUCGGUAGUGAUCAAGGGAAACCACUCUUACGAAGACAAAGUUGUCAUCGACCCCACCAUUGGCAGAAAUACAGAGUUUCUGAUUGGCCAUUCUUCGCACGAUAUCAUCAUCGAGAUGACGACGCCGUCAGGCCGUAGAAUAUCCCGCAAUGAUUCUGAAUAUAUCACCGAUGCGGUAUUCAGCCUUACCCGGAUAAAAAUUCCAGGAGUCGCAGAAAAAGGCCAGUGGAAAUUAAGCAUCAAGAACCCCAGGUCGAUAGAACAGUCUGUGACAAUAACUGUGAUAUCAGGCAAGACGGAUCAGAGUGACCCAAUCGUAACCACGGCAACAUGGGCUAAGAAAAUCGUCCAGUUCCCAAAUGAGCGUCAGAUUCUAUAUGUCAGUGUGUCCCAAGGUUUAGCCCCUGUUCUGCAAGCUAACGUGACGGCCAUAUUGGAAAGACCGUAUGAUGCUAACGGAACAGCGCCCUCUUUACAGCUGACAUUAAGAGAUAAUGGUGCCGGUGCCGACUUAGCUAAAGACGAUGGCAUUUACUCCAUCUAUGUCACCAGCUACACUAACAAUGGCCGAUAUGAAGUAAAAGUUAAAGUAACGGACACGCCGGUGUCCGUUGUCUUGAAAAACAAGAUCGUUGGGACAGGUGGAAGCGGAGCUGCCGGGAGAAAACGAGGCCGACGAGAUACAGGGUCCCGACAACAGAUGGAGGACUUUCAGCGCGUGACGUCGGCAGGGUCCUUUAAACUGGAGAAUUUUACUGAAGGCAUUGAUGCUUUUCCCCCUGGAAAGGUGACAGACUUACAAGUGAGUGUGGACGAUGCUAGGGAGGAAGUGACGCUCAGUUGGACGGCCACAGGGGCAGAUCUGGACCAGGGGACAGUUUCUUCUUAUGUGUUGUGGAAAUCCAAAGACUUUGACACAAUCUACUCUAAGCACUGGAAUGCUACAAAGGAAGAACUUAAUAUAAAACCACAGGCUGCUGGCAAAGAAGAGACCUAUACGAUUCGUGUCAACGAAACAGGAAGCGUGACGUAUUACUUUGCCCUGGAGGCCGUGGACAAUGGCGGUAACGUCAGUCCGCGCUCUAACGUUGCAUCUGUCUCCCUGAAGUACAUGUACAGGAACCCUCCAAGUGCCCAGAACCUACCGUUAAUGAUCGGUUGUGUCGUCGGAAGCUUUGUUUUCAUCGUUCUCCUUAUGACUGUAAUAAUAAUAUACACACGUGAAAAGGGAAAAGAAGAGCCCAAACAUGGAGCAAAGUGCCAAAAGAAUACCAAAAACCAGUGAAUUAAGUGUUAGAAAAACAGAUUCGAGCUCAGUUUAUUACCGAAAGAUGUACUUAGCUGGAUGAGCGACUGAGGAGAUUUUCUAUUUUUAGGUCAUCCGCAUUAUGAAUAAAGCAGCUUUAUGUAGAUUUUAUUUGCUUAAAUGCACGAGCAUAUAGUUCUUUGCGUAAGCAUUUAGUGGCUGAAUGAUUAAGUGUGGUGCACUUAGGACAAGUACUGCGAGCAAAGUAAACAAAAUC